CUCUCCUGUUAUCUCCUUGAACACAUGCUUAGCAUAUCAUCAUUUCUUCUUCCAGAUCCUUUUUUUCUCCCCCCCCCCAACAAAAACAAGAUUCUCUUGGGAAUUGAAUCCAAGUGAAUCUUUCCCCUCUGCUCUGCUAAUUGAUUAAAGCCCUGUUUCGAUUUUUUUUUCUGGGGGGAAAUUUUUAAAAAUCUGGGGAAUUAAGAAAGCGGGGAAUCUUGAUGAUCAACCAGUUUUAUUUCAUCGCCGAAUUUCAUGUCUGCAAUUCUCAGUGAAUUGUUCCUUUCCGGUUGUAUGAUAAAUUCCACAUACAGGCGGAGAACCCAUUUGGUGCAAUCUUUCUCUGUCGUUUUCCUCUACUGGUUUUACUACAUUUCAUGAUUUAUUUCCUUCUUGAUCCGAAAUUAUUAAUCAACCCUCCUACAUAUAAAUAAAAUCCCCCAAAAAAAAAACCAAAAAUUUAAUUUAGUUAAACAAUACCCAUAUUUUAAUUACCCAUAUUUCUCUGUUCGUUCUGGAAAUCGGGUUCUUGCUUGUGGUGGUAGUUGUCGAUCAGAGCGAUGAUGAUGAUGAUGGCGGCGUGCAGCGGCACGUCAUCGCCGGGAUCGAGUGUGCUGCAGAGCAAUUCCGGGUCGGAGGAGGAUCUCCGGCAGGUGAUGGACCAGAGGAAGAGGAAGAGGAUGAUAUCGAACCGGGAAUCGGCGAGGAGGUCGCGGAUGCGGAAGCAGAAACACCUGGACGAUCUGACGGCGCAGGUGGCUCAGCUGAGGAAGGAGAACGCCCAGAUCUUGUCCUACAUGAACGCCUCCACCCAGCGGUACCUCAACGCCGAGGCCGAGAAUUCCAUCCUCAAGGCGCAGGUGGCCGAGUUGACUCACCGCCUGGAAUCGCUGAAUGAGAUCGCGGAUUUCUUGGAUAAUCCUCUUCCGCCUCCUCCGGACAGCUGCGGCGGCGGGUUUGGGUUCCCCGGCGAACAGAGCGCGUACAAUGACGGCGUUUUCCUGGGGCAGAACGAGUCUCCUCCGGUGUUUAACGAUGGGUUUUUCGUGAACAAUAACUCGUGGAAUUUCAUGGUGGCCAACCAGCCCAUUAUGACGCCUGCCUCUGCAGACAUUUUGCAGUACUGAUGAUCGAAUUAUUGGAGGGAGAAAAAGAGAGAGAGAGAGAGAAAUGUGUCUGUAUUGGUGUCAUCAAUGAUUCUUGAUUAAGGAAGGAAUAAAAAUGCUUGUCUUUUUGGUCUGAAUUUGAUGCAUGUAGGUGGUGGGCGGGUUUAACGUUGUAUUUUAUUGGAUUAUAUAUUAAGUCUAUGUAAUUAUUAUGUCUGGUUUUAAUGUUUUCUUUGUCAUAAACAUCAUCAAUUGUG